AUGGAAACCCUUAUAUCCUUAAAAAUACGUGAUUCUUACGAAAGAUAUCAGCUACAAGAACCAAUAAGCUCAGGCUCAUUUGGUAGAGUAUAUAGAGCUAAAGAUCUUAAAGACAUCAAUCUGAAAGAAGUUGCUUUCAAAUAAUAAGAUUUAAGUGCAAUAAAGUCUUUGUAUGAAGGAGAUAGAAUAAAGAUCUGUGACUUUGGAAUAGCUUCUUUUGGUACUUCUACAUUAAUGAAAGCUGGAAAGGAACUUUAUAUGGCGCCAGAAGCAAUGUUUGGAAGUUUUAAGUAUAAUUUGAAAGUAGACAUUUGGUCCCUCGGAAUAUUAAUCUACUAUCUCUGCACUGGAUCUGAAAAAAUGAAUGGAACUGCAGUUAAUUUGCUCGCUCUACAAAACAAAGAUAUUAAUCUCCCUUAGGAGUAUUAAUAAUUAUAAUCUUUAAUGAAAAAAAUGCUUAUACUUUCCCCUGAGGAAAGACCUGAUUCUUCAGAUUUGAAAUAAGAAUUCUAUUCUUUGAUAAAGGAUAAAUUAAUUUUUGGUAAUCAGAAGAAUUAGAGCGAUAAAGGUUUUGGAAGAAGGAAAGAAAUUGAAGAGGAGAAACUUGAAUUUUCAGUUGAAAAUAAAUAAAAUGAUAGAAUUAUUGAUGAUUUCAUUGAUUAAGAUUUUUCCUCAUUUUAGAAAGAAAUUUCCAAAGAAAUUGAGGAUUGUAUUGAUGAUGAAAAGUAUGAUACAUCAAUGACAUCUUAUGAUUAUAAACAGCUUGAUAAAAAGCUAGACAAGUAAUAAUUGAUGAUUAAUGAAGAUAACAAUAAAUAAAAUGAGCAAUUUUAUCGAUAUAUUACAGGCAACUCUGCACCAAUAGCUGAAAGUCUAGAACAAAUCUUAAUAAAUGAUUAAUUUGAAAUUUAGUAAUUUUCUCAUCGUUCAAAUGUAAUCCAUGAAAAGAACAAAUAAAUGAGAAAGAUAUUGGCAAAAAAGUUGUUGAAAGUAAUAAGUAAAUAAACAAAUUAGGAGUGA